AUGGAGGAAGACAUUCCAGAAUUAGUAGUGGAUUUAGAUACACCUAUAACAACGACAUCUCAGCAGGAAGGCAAUGCUGAAGGAGACAUUGUCCAAGACAACACUGAAGUCGUUGAGUACGAUGCCACCCCCGAUCGUAAGAUCCCAAUAACCAUUAUCACGGGAUACCUUGGGUCUGGAAAGCUGACCUUACUCCAGCACAUCAGUCAGACGUCCAAUAAACGACUCGCUAUCAUACUCAAUGAGUUUGGAGACUCUUCUGCUAUUGAGAAGUCGGUGACGAUCCAAAACCAAUCAGAAUCCGUACAAGAAUGGCUUGAUUUAGGAAACGGAUGUCUUUGUUGUACUGUCAAAGAUAACGGAGUGCUUGCAAUAGAAGAGUUGAUACGCAAGUCCAAAAACAAGAUAGACUAUAUCUUAUUGGAGACCACGGGGAUAGCAGACCCUGCACCUAUAGCCAAGAUGUUCUGGAUAGACGAAGGGUUAGCAUCCAAUGUGUACAUUGAUGGUGUAGUGACAGUUGUUGAUGGAGUGAACAUUGUAUCGUGUCUUGAGGAUGUUGGGGGCCAUUGGCACAAGGAACACCGACACAUGAAACUUGACCAAGCAGUUAACAAGGAUGACGUUACUACUGAAGAGAUCCAACAGGAACAGAUGAGUCUUGAACAAGGAUUAACCACCGCUCAUUUACAAUUGGCAUUGGCAGAUACCAUUUUGAUCAAUAAGGUUGAUUUGUUGACAUCACCAGAUUCAAUUGAUAAGGUCAAACAUAAGAUAAGACAAGUCAAUAGUCUAAGCCCUGUUUAUACCACAUCCUUUGGUGAUAUUGACAUCGACACCAUUUUAGAUUUGCAUGCCUUUGAAGCCAAUGAAACAUCCAUAGCCAAAAUGUCGUCUGGUUCUGGUCACGUGUUCCACGAUGGACGGAUUACUACUGUGAGUAUCAAAUUCCCAUUCUUCCGUGACCCCCUGAGUUUCCAAGCGUUUGAGUCCUUCAUCCAGCAUGUUCUUUGGGAGGAUGAUCUUGAUGGAGUCGCAGUGCAAAUCCAUCGGGCGAAAGGAUUACUUGUGUGCGACAUUAGCGAUGGCCAGCCACAUGAUGUUCGGGUACUUCAGGCAGUUCGAGAUACUUAUGAUAUAAUUGAGAAUGCGACGUUAGUUCCCGGAGUCAAGGAGAAUCAGCUCGUACUUAUAGGAAAGAACUUGACAGUGGAAAGUCUUGAACGAGAGUUGAAAAAGUAUAUAACCAUACAAUAA